AUGGAGUCUCUACAAUAUAAUGCUUGUGUAUCAUCACAUAGCUUCGCGUCUUGCACGAAAGAUGACCACGACUAUGGUGAAAUCGGAAUCGUCGAAACUCCCCAUCUUAUUAGUUUUGAGGUUGCUUCUAAGAGACUCAAAAGUAGCAGCUGGAAUUUUUCCAUAUCGGAUGCUUUACGUUCUCCAGCGGUGAAGGAUGAUAAUGUUCCUAAAGAGAACGAAAGUCGUGGGUGUAACAAGAGGACUACUAGAUCAAUGGAUUCAAGAUCUAAAUUGAAUCUUCAAUACCAUGUUAUUGCAGAGCGACGCAGAAGAGACAUACUUAGUCAAAGAUUAAUUGCUCUCUCUGCCCUCAUUCCUUGUCUUAAAAAGGUAACAAAUUUGACCUCAUCUAUCUAA